GAAAAAGAAAUUCGCGUGAAGCAUUAGCUCAAAGACCUUUUUUUCUCUUUUUGGUCUUUCCCUCCAAUGUCUCACUACUCUCUCACAUAGUACGGAGUGAGAGCAGUAGAGAAACAGAAGAUUCCAGAAGCAUUUACUGAAUCGCUUCUUCUUCUUCUUCACCAGCGGAAACCCUAACACAGUAAGCCAUUCGUUUUCGUUCAUCAAGGUCACUGUUCCGUUUGAAACAUGGAAAUUAGUGAGGGAAGAGAGAGUUGUAUUACACCUGUGGAAGAACCGCCACCAGUUAUAACGUCAAAUGCAGAGCCGGAAGGAGUUGAUCAGCCCAAGCGUACUAUAAUGAUGAGGCCUGGGGAUGGAGCAUCUGGACGAGAAAUUUCUUUGCUCGCAAACCACCUAAAAGUUUCUAUCAAGUGUCCUGAUGAAAUAUUUUACCAUUAUAGUGUCUCUAUAACUUCUGAUGAAAAGAGGGACGUUAACAGCAAGGUGAUUAGAAGAAAAAUUAUAGAUAGACUUCACAAAACAUACUCGUCUGAAUUUGCUGGGAAGAGAUUUGCUUAUGAUGGAGAGAAGAAUUUGUACACAGUGGGACCUCUACCACGCAACAGACUGGAAUUCACUGUGGUUGUUGAGGAGUCUAGUGCACGGCAUGCUAGUGAGAGCCCCUCAGAUAAUGGAAGCCUCAAUCACUCCAGUAAAAGGUCUAAGCAUUCUCUACAUUCGAAGGCUUUCCUGGUGGAGAUCGACUAUGCAGCUAAAAUACCAUUAAGGUCUGUUGAUCUUGCCCUUCAAGGAGUUGAUCCAGAAAAUGUUCAAGAUGCAUUGAGGGUUCUAGACAUUAUAUUGCGACAACAAGCUGCAAAUAGAGGAUGCCUCUUGGUUAGGCAGUCAUUUUUUCAUGAUGACUCAAGGAACUUCACAGAUGUUGGAGGGGGUGUAAUGAGUUGCAGGGGGUUUCAUUCCAGCUUUCGUCCAACUGAUGGUGGCUUGACCUUGAACAUGGAUGUGUCUACAACUAUGAUCCUAUCACCUGGACCUGUAAUUGAUUUUUUGCUUGCUAACCAGAAUGUAAAGGAGCCUCGUUAUAUUGAUUGGGCAAGAGCAAAAAGAAUGUUGAAGAAUCUGAGAGUUAAAGCUAAGCACAACAACAGAGAAUUUAAAAUUAUCGGUUUGACUGACAGACCUUGCAAUCAACAGUUAUUUUCUAUGAAGGUCAAAAAUGGUGGUAGUCCAGAUGAUGGAGGAGAGACCCUUGAGAUAACUGUUUAUGAGUAUUUCACUAAACAUCGUAACAUAGAACUUUCAUCCUCAGUUUAUAUGCCAUGUCUGGACGUUGGAAAACCAAAACGACCAAACUAUCUGCCACUGGAGCUGUGUUAUUUGGUCUCCCUUCAAAGAUACACAAAGGCAUUAUCAUCGGUCCAGAGGGCAUCUUUAGUUGAAAAAUCAAGGCAGAAGCCUCGUGAAAGAAUUAAAGUUAUAACAGAUGCUGUGAGGGAUUACAGCUAUGACGAUGAUCCCUUUCUUGUUGCUUGUGGAAUCUCAAUAGAAAAGCAGCUGAUUCAAAUUAACGGCAGGGUCCUUGAAGCCCCAAAGUUGAAGGUUGGUAACGGCGAAGAGGUCACUCCCUGCGACGGCAGGUGGAAUUUUAAGAACAAGCAUCUUUUCAACCCUGCACGAAUUGAACGCUGGGCAGUGGUCAACUUCUCUGCCAGUUGUGAUACAAGUCACCUUUCAAGGGAGCUUAUUAGUUGCGGAAGGAGCAAAGGCAUUCAUUUUGAGCGCCCACAUACGCUCAUUGAGGAAGAUCCCCAGUAUAGGCGAGCUGGGGCUGUAGUUCGAGUAGAACAGAUGUUUGAAGAGAUAAUAGCUAGACUGCCUGGCCAUCCUGAUUUCCUCCUCUGUGUCUUGCCAGAGCGGAAAAACUCAGAGUUAUAUGGACCUUGGAAGAAAAAAAGUUUGACUGACUUGGGAAUUGUUACUCAAUGUAUCUCUCCGUUAAAGAUCACUGAUCGAUAUCUAACAAAUGUGCUUCUCAAAAUAAAUGCAAAGCUUGGAGGGACCAAUUCAUUGUUGGCUAUGGAACAUACCUCUCAUCUACCGCUUAUUAAGGACACUCCAACAAUGAUCCUGGGAAUGGACGUCUCUCAUGGAUCUCCUGGUCAAUCAGAUAUUCCAUCAAUUGCUGCGGUUGUGGGAUCCUUAUACUGGCCAUUAAUAUCCAAGUAUAGGGCAGUUGUGCGCAGUCAAUCUCCAAAGUUGGAAAUUAUAGAAUCCUUAUACAAGCCUUUACCAAAUGGAGACGAUGAAGGAAUCAUGAGAGAACUACUUCUGGACUUCUAUAGGACAAGUAACGGGCAUAAGCCAGCUCAAAUUAUUGUCUUCAGGGAUGGCGUCAGCGAAUCACAGUUUAGUCAACUUCUGAACCUUGAGCUAGAUCAAAUGAUCAAGGCAUACAACCAUCUUGGUGAGGGCGGCAACCCUAAGUUCACCUUGAUCGUGGCUCAAAAGAAUCACCAUACAAAACUUUUUCAAGCUAAUGCAGUUGAUAAUGUACCACCAGGUACUGUUGUAGACACAAAUAUUGUGCAUCCUAGAAAUAAUGAUUUUUUCAUGUGUGCACAUGCGGGGAUGAUUGGAACAACUAAACCUGCACAUUAUCAUGUAUUGCUUGAUGAGAUUGGUUUCGCACCUGAUGUCUUGCAAAAUCUCAUACAUUCACUAUCAUAUGUGUACCAAAGAAGCACCAGUGCGACCUCUAUUGUGGCUCCUGUGCGUUAUGCACACCUAGCAGCACAACAAUUCGGGCAGUUUGACAAGUUUGAGGACCACUCCGAAACUUCGUCAGAACAGGGAAGUGUAAAAUCAAUUGGGACUACCCCGGUCACCGAACUGCCCAGGUUGCACAAGAAUGUCAGCGACUCAAUGUUUUUCUGUUGAAAAUUGUAAAAUUUUUAACUGCAUAUGCUGUAAAUCCUUAGUAGUUGGUAGUAUAGUACCCGGCUUCAAAUUUUGUCGAGGCUUUCGGUUAGUUAAGUACUUUAAGGUCGUCUAACAAGGAGAAAAGAUCAUGCUUCGAGCGUUUUUUUUGGACGUAAUUAAGAUAAAAAUUUCACCAUUUAAAGGACAUAGAAUUUUGGGCGUUGCUCCAACCAGCUAUUUUAGAAGUUGAACUGAUUUUUGUAUAGUCAAUGUUUGCC